UGCGGACGCACGCAGCUGUCGCUCAUUGAGUCGGAGGCGCGCGCUGCCGUCGGUACGUUCCCUCUUUGGCGGGUUUCCUGGGCCGUUGGAGUCGACGGUUAACGAUGAAGACGCUCGUGCUGCUGCUGCUGGGCCUCGUGGCGCUCUGCGCGCUCUCAGUAAAAGGAAGACACACCACUCCUUCUGCAACGAUGAGGCCUGCAGGUUGGUUUGGUAGUACCACGCCUACCACCACCACCAAGACGCCUACCACCACCACCAAGACGCCUACCACCACCACCAAGACGCCGCCUACCACCACCACCAAGACGCCGCCUACCACCACCACCAAGACGCCGCCUACCACCACCACCAAGACGCCGCCUACCACCACCACCAAGACGCCGCCUACCACCACCACCAAGACGCCGCCUACCACCACCACCAAGACGCCGCCUACCACCACCAAGACGACGCCCACAACGGCCAAGACGACCACACCUGCACCUAUACCGCCUACUUCUUCUACCCCAUUAACUGUAGGAAGCUACAACGUGACCUCGGACAAAAAGGUGAUUUGUCUGCUGGCUAAGAUGGCACUGCAGAUCCGACUGGCGACGCCUCAGGCUAAUGGAACCUUCAACGUCAUGCCCAACGAGACCAGAGCAAGCGGGGUCUGUAGCGAUACGACGGCAGAACUCGAUCUGACCUUCAGAGAAGGUUCAGUCAACUUCACCUUCAGCAAGAAUUCUUCCGGGAAGGGCUACGUCACAGCCUUGGCCUUUACGCUCCUGUACCCUUUAGCCAAAGGAGCAUCCAAACCCUACAGUCAGAAGAACACAUCACUGGAACUCUUCGUAGCUCAAGCGGCACAUUGCUACGCGUGCCGCAGCGACUCGGUCUACAUGGGCCACGGUUUGCACCUGGACAUCACUGACGUCCAGCUGCAGGCCUUCCAGGUCUCCAACAACAAAUUCGGCUCUUCUGAUCACUGUUCCAGUGACCCCAACGAUUACCGCGUUGCCAUCGCGGUGGGUGUGACGCUGCUGGUGCUGGUCAUCAUCGUGGUGGUGGUUUACCUGCUGGGCCGCAGGAAGAGGACCGAUGGCUACCAGUCUCUGUGAGGGCGGGGCCGGGCCACAGACUGUUUCUGGUAUUAAAGGGCACUUCUAUUUUGAACCGCUUUGAAUUUACCAUAACGGCGGUGAGAUUUUUCCGAAUGGCCAGUCUGUGUGUGAACUUUAAACGUUACCCCCCGAGACGCUGUUUAUAUGCAGACGACACGAUUGUUCUGGCGAAGCUUCAUGUUCCAUUUUUACCGCCAAACUCUAACCAUGCUGUGGAACCUGUAAAUAUGUUUUGUCAAACUCUCUGCUAGCUAAUGUGGCGCUUUUUGUAAUGUUUGAUCGAUUCAGGGGUUAAUCGGUAAGUGAGGGAAGCUCUUCAGCAUUAUUGAUCAGCACAAAGGGAACUGCACUGAUUUCCAGCCAAUCACUGCCCACCUCUCGUGACUUUUUUUUUUUCUCUGUUGCACCCCGUCCGUGUUGGCUGACUGCGCUGUACAUUGCGAUGAUGCACAAACUGAUGCUUUCAGGUCCUUGGAAUGAUUGGUUUUAAUGAUCUUGAAGCUGCGUGGGGGGCGGAGUUUUACAGAGGGCGUCAUCUAAGUGCAACUUGUUUUUGCACGUGAUUGGCAGCAGACUAACGGCAACCAGCUGAUGUCAAAUAGUAGCUUUUCAAAAUAAAAUCCCAGCUAAGGCUUGUUCCUGUGGAGGUUAAUAAAAUAAAAGGACUAAACUCUGCACCACUUCACUGUAAUCACAAAUGUACAUCUGACUCUUUAAAUAAACUGCAGCACAGCUGUUUGGAUGAAGGUCGGUGUGUGGGGGUCAGAGGUCAUGGAUAGCCGCAGGCUCGUCUUUCUCAGGUUCGGAUGUGUUUUUGUUGUAAUAAUAAAUAAGGGAGCUUCUGUCUCAGCACUUUUUUUUUUUUUUUAAUCUGUUCAUCUCUCUGUGCCAAUAAAAGACCGAUCAGUUUGCUA